CCGUUUUAAAGAGGAAUGACGAAGAAACUGAGGUUCAGAGAGGCACUGGGGCCUGCCAAAGCAGCACAGCUAAGUGAGAGGGACAGUAAACAACUCAAACACCCGCUUAGGCCCCAGACGUCGGCGGAGACCAGGAGGCGCGCAGAGCGGCCGGAGGCUGCGCAGGGGUGCUGGUGGGGGCGGUGUGUCCCUGGGAGCCACGCCCUCCCCAGGGGGCCGAGCCCCAAGCGCCCUUUGGCCGGACUUGGCCCCGGGCGCUUUUCCUCGCGCGCGGCUGCGCAGUGGAGGCGGGGCCGGGGGCCGUCCUCCGGGGCAGGCCGGGAAUCGGGGCGGGGUCGGCGCGCAGGCACAGGGAAACGCGCGCUGCUGCAGCAUGGGACCCCUGCCGCGAACCCUGGAGCUCUUCUACGAUGUGCUGUCACCCUACUCCUGGUUGGGCUUCGAGGAAACCAGCCACCAGCUCUGCUUCCCCGCAAAGCCCAGUACUUGAGAAAUGAUGUCAGGCUCCUGGGACAGCAUGUCCAGGUUCCCGUGCAGUUCCCCAAGGAUUUCUUCUCUGUGAUCCUUGAAAAAGGAAGUUUAUCAGCCAUGAGAUUCCUCACUGCUGUGAGCAUGGAACACCCAGAGAUGCUGGAGAAAGUGUCCAGGGAACUAUGGAUGCGUGUCUGGUCACGGGAUGAAGACAUCACGGAGCCCCAGAGCAUCCUGGCUGCUGCAGAGAAGGCUGGCAUGCCUUCAGAACAAGCCCGGGGACUUCUGGAAAAGAUCUCAACACCAAAGGUGAAGAACAAGCUCAAGGAGACCACUGAGGCAGCCUGUAAAUACGGGACGAGUACCGACUCAGCCUUCUAUCCCAGCCAUAAUGAACACCUGCUCCAUCCCCUUCCUCCCUGCGCUAACUGCUCUCUCCAGGCUUUUGGGCUGCCGAUCACAGUGGCCCAUCUGGAUAACCAAACCCACAUGCUGUUUGGCUCUGAUCGGAUGGAGUUGCUGGCACACCUGCUGGGAGAGAAGUGGAUGGGCCCUGUGCCUCCAGCCACAAACGCCAGACUUUAAGGAUGGCCAGGAGAAGCAAAACUAUUGGGAUAAAAAGCAGACCUUCUGCUUCCCCUUCUUCCACUGUGUGACACUGGGACUCUGGUUUCUCUGAUAGAGGUUCCUCUGUGGUCCUGGGAGUUGCUGUAGAGGGGGUCGCGUAGUGCCCCAAACUCUGCUUUCCCUCAGAAUAAACAUAAUGCCAUGAGGCAGCAUAUUUCUGGA